CGAAAAAUCAAUUUUAGCUUUGAAGAGCUCCGAAGCAACAUAUUUUGUAUUGGAUAGGCUGAUGAACAAUUAAUGCUUGUUAUAUGAUGAGUCCAUAAACCUUGAAUUUGACUAUUGGUGGGUUUCUCUGCCUUGUUGAAAUCAGCAGUCUAGAAACAAUCUUGACAGAAAACAAAAUUCUUAACAGCCAGAUCUAAGAUUUGAAGUUUUUAGUUUUCAAAAGAAAGAUGUCUGUUUUAUUAAGUGCUGAUUUUUGAAUAUUUGAAAAGGGUCCUGUAUGGAUAUCUUUUGCUUGGCAAUUCAGAGGAUAUUCCUGUGCAAUUAGAAAUGAAAAACAGAUGAGAAUGCUAUGAAAAGAUACAUGGUAAAGUGAAAGAUUUGGAUGCAUCUGCAGUUCUGGAUCAAGUGUAUGUAUAGUUUCUUCUGAUUUGAAGGACCAUCUAUCAGAGAAAUAGUGAAUGUCUUUUGUGCAUCAAGAAAUUGGAUAUGCUUUGAAAUUUGCUCAGCAAAGUAUACAGUAAGCUCUUCAAGAAACUCACUGCUAUUCUUAAUUAAAUAAAUGUGAUUUAACUUUAUUCUUGCGUUGCGUUGUUUGGUAACUUUAAAAAGACUCCUUUUAAGUAGCACUGGAGUACCAACUGCAAUCAAAGCUUCAAGAGAAAUACUGUGUAGGUUUUCAUUCUAGAAAACGUUAAAAGUUAAUGUGACAACAACACCAUGUCGCAGCGUGGAUAUUCAAGAGAUGGGCAAGAAAAUCAUCACCAGAUACUUCACAGAGUCAGUUAUUUCCGCCAAAGGAUUACCUCAGCCGUUCACCGAUCUCUUACAAAAAGGCAUGGAAGAAAUUACUCUUCCCACAUCUGGUCGGAUGAAAUCAUGCAUCAGGAUAUUGUUCCCCUCUGUGCUGAAGAUAUUGAAGACGAGUUAAGAAAAAAGUUUGCAUAUCUUUCAGGUGGGCGAGGAAAAGAUGGCUGUCCUGUCAUCACUUUUCCUGAAUUCUCUACGUUUAGUGAAAUUCCAGAAAAGGAGUUUCAGAGUGUUUUGACAUACCUCACUAAUAUUCCCAGUUCACAAGAUGCUGGAAUUGGAUUUAUCCUUGUCAUAGACCGCAGGCAAGACAAAUGGACAUCGGUGCACGCCUCUAUAAUGCGAAUUGCAACAUCAUUUCCAGGAAAUCUGCAACUCGUUCUGGUUUUGCGUCCAACUGGAUUCUUUCAUAGAACUCUCUUUGACAUUGCCUUUAAAUUUCAUAGAGAUGACUAUAAAAUAAAGCUGCCGAUCAUAAUGCUGAGCUCACUAACAGAAUUAAAUAACUAUAUUGAUAUAGCCCAGCUAACUGAAGAUCUUGGGGGUUCCCUAGAUUAUUGCCAUAAUAGGUGGCUUACACAGCGCACUGCUAUAGAGAGCUUUGCUCAAAUGGUUAAGGAGACAGCUCAAACACUUCAAUCCUUUGGGAAUGAGCUUGCAGAAACAGAGCUACCAAAUGAUGCUCAGGCCACCAGCUACCUCCUUGCAACACAUACAGAAAGGAGAGACAAACUGAAGGAAGAUUUGAAAAUAGCUUUAAGGCAAGGUCAUGAUAUUCUCCACGAUAUUCGAAAACCAGUCCUUGAAAAUCCAGAAUACAAACUGAAUCCAGAUCAAAUAGAAAAUCAAAUUACUGUAGAAAGGCUUUUAUCUCAACUAGAUGAGACAGAAGCAGCUUUUGAUGACUUUUGGUAUAAACAUCAACAGAAGCUUGAGCAGUGCUUACAACUUAGAUAUUUUGAAGUGGAUUUCAAAGAGAUCAAAACAGCACUUGAUAGUGUGUCUGAGAAAUUAUUUCAUUUCAUGGAAAUGGGAAAUAACAGUUCACAUGUGAAGCACCUUCUGAAAGAUCUUGCCAGUUUUGAAGAAAAAACACAAGAAGUUUUGGGAAAAGCCAGCCUAUUAAUUUCUAAAGGAGACCAGUUUAUAGAAAACAAGCAUUAUGCAGUGGACUCUAUUCUUCCCAAGUGCAAUGAACUCCGACAACAUUAUGAAAUGAUUAUUUCGGAAGUGAAUAGAAAAAGGGCUCUCCUGAACCAUUCAUUUGAAUUACAUAGACGGUUGGAAAAGUGCAUGAAGUGGUGUGAUGAUGGAAUUUAUCUGCUGGCUUCUCAACCUGUAGACAAAUGCCAAUCGCAGGAUGGAGCAGAAGCAGCUCUGCAGGAAAUUGAGCAAUUUUUGGACAUGGGUGGUGAUAAUAAACUCAGGGAACCAAGUUACUUGUCCAAAGAAUUUGAAGUUAUCCUCACUGAGGAACUAAUGGAACAUGUAAAAAAGGUUUUUCAGAAACAGAAAAGUAUGGAAGAAAUGUUUCAAAAGAGGCAAGUCAGCCUUAAGAAACUAGCAGCUAAGCAAACACGCCCUGUUCAACCAGUGGCACCUAGACCAGAGGGAUAUCUAAAAUCACCUUGUCCUUAUCCUGGCCUUCACAUAGAGUUUGAAGAUUCAUCCAGUUCUGAUAACCAUGCAAUAAGGGGAGUGAACGUCAGAAAAAUGAAGAGUGAGAUAAAUGAAAUACAGCAGUCUAAAAGUGUGUCUGUGACAGAUGAUGAAGAAAAUCUAGCAGUGUUACGCAAACAUGUAAUGAAUGAACUUCUUGAAACUGAACGAGCUUAUGUGGAGGAACUUCUCUGUGUUCUUGAGGGCUAUGCAGCAGAAAUGGACAACCCCUUAAUGGCACAUCUCAUUUCAGCUGGGCUACAAAAUAAGAAAGAUGUAUUGUUUGGAAAUAUGGAAGAAAUCUAUCACUUUCACAACAGAAUAUUCUUGAGAGAAAUAGAAGAUUAUAUAGACUACCCUCAACUAAUAGGACGUUGUUUCCUUGAACGGAUGAAAGACUUCAAAAUUUAUGAAAAAUAUUGUCAAAAUAAACCUCGAUCAGAAAGCCUUUGGAGACAGUGUUCAGAUUCAGCAUUUUUCCAGGAGUGUCAACGAAAACUUGAUCACAAGUUGAGUUUGGAUUCCUAUUUACUAAAGCCUGUUCAAAGAAUAACCAAAUAUCAAUUGUUGCUAAAGGAAAUGUUAAAAUAUAGUAAAAAUUGCGAAGGUGCUGAAGAUCUCCAAGUGGCCCUGACGUCAAUAUUGGGAAUUCUUAAAGCAGUUAAUGAUUCCAUGCAUCAGAUUGCAAUCACUGGCUAUGAGGGGAACCUGAAUGAACUGGGCAAACUUUUAAUGCAAGGAUCCUUUAACGUAUGGAUUGAUCAUAAAAAGGGCCACUCAAAAGUGAAAGAUUUGGCUCGAUUUAAGCCAAUGCAAAGACACCUCUUCCUCCACGAGAAGGCGAUCUUAUUUUGUAAAAAGAGAGAAGAAAACGGAGAAGGAUAUGAAAAAGCUCCUUCAUACAGUUUUAAGAAUUCUUUAAAUAUGACUGCAGUUGGAAUAACAGAAAAUGUGAAAGGCGAUAUUAAAAAAUUUGAAAUCUGGUAUAAUGCAAGGGAAGAAGUUUACAUAAUACAGGCUGCAACUCCUGAAAUCAAAGCUACCUGGGUAAAUGAAAUUAGAAAAGUAUUGACUGGCCAAUUACAGGCUUGCAGGCAAGCUAGCCAGCAUAAAGCUGUUGAACAUACUCAGAGCUUACCUCUGUCUCUCUCAGCUAGUACCAGCCCUUCAAAAAAUGAGGGAAGAUACUUAAGAAAACAAGAAAUGAGAAAUGCAGAUAGUCCAGAUGGUUGUGUCAGUUCAAUAGCAUCAAAGAAUCUUGAAAAAAGCAAAGGUUGGUCCAAAACAUGUCAAUCUCUUGAUGCUUCUGAAGAAAAUGAUGAUUGGUCUAGUUCAGAAGAUCCACUUAAUUCAUCAGAUGCAGAAGAAGAGGGAAAGGGAGAGAAGAAAUUGGUUCCUGGUAAAUACACUGUUGUAGCCAGUUAUAAUAAAGGCAACUCAAAUGGCUUGAUCCUGAACAGUGGAGAGGUAGUUCAGCUAAUCCAUGAAGGAGCAGAUGGUCUUUGGUAUCUUAGGAAUUUGAGCACAAACAAAGAAGGAUGGGUUCCUAUCAACAUUUUGAUACCGUUACUCAGCAACUCAAAAUCUAUUUUCUCUCUCAGCAGCUCAGAAUCUGCAGCGGGUUCAAGUACACUGAGUUCAUCUUCAAGUUGUAGUGAAAGUUGCAAUGUCAGUGGUAGCACUUUCUCAGAUACUAAAGGUUAAAUUGAAAAUUCCACCACAACUCUCUGAAGAUUUAAAACUGCCAAUGUGGCUAUCAGAUGUUAAAGAAGUAAAGAAGCAUCGUAAUUGCACAUCUCACAGUUGUUCCUCUUGUGUGUAAAGAUGGUUUAGUGGAUAUUCUUGAAGAACCUGAAUACGUUGGUAACAAAUUAAUGGGAAUAACAUUUUUGGAAGCUGCUAUCAUAGAAACCUAUCACGCUUCGAGAAUGAAAUGGACCUUGGCAUGGAUAACUUGGGAAGAAUAUUACUAGCAGCUAGUACUUUCCAUUAUGUAAAUCUGACUAGUUAAAACAAUAAUUAAAUUAAUAUAGAAUGUAGAAAACAACAACUAAAAAACUUGAUCCUCAUAAAUAAAUGAAUAAAAAACAUCUGGGAUCAAAAUAUAAUGUGCAUGAAAUUACAGAGUUGGGUACUUGCUAAUUUGAUAUAGUAAUUAUUUUCUAACUUCAUUUUCUGUGGCAUUUCCUUUAGCCAUGAUGAACAAAAUUAAUAAUUUGAGAUAUUUUUAACACUGAAUCAAAUUUUGUGACCAAUUACUGUUGUUUAUGAAAUUAUGAUAAUUUAGUAGUUAUUUGGUCUUAAAAAUCUUUGUAAAAAAAGAAGUAAAAACAUUGAAAUCCAUUUUUGUAUUAGUUAAGAUGAUACUGCAGUCACAAAAUUGUCCUCUGUUCUUGCAGCUAGGCCAAAAUUUGUCCAAUCAUUUCAGAAUUUUCUAAUUCUCUGUGUGACCGAAAAUCCUGCUGCUACUUUUUUUUUAUUCAGUUCGUUGCAAAAUUGAAGGCAUCACACAACAAGAAUAGGAAAGAAAUUCUUAAGUAUUUUACUUUCGUUGUGUGAAAUAGAAUGAUAUUGUACAAACAAUUUCUUCUAAGAAAAUGGUUCAUAAAUCUAUCUUGCCAAAGGAAGGACUACUUAAAACCACAUUUAAACCAUGCUGGAUUCACCCAUCAUCUGAAUUAAUUUACAGCUCAUGCUGGCGUUAUGUGGAAAUGAAUGUUUGACUUUCAAUAUUUAUGUAGAAACAGUAGAAACAUAACAGUUUAUCUGGGUUUUGGCUCUGGAUAUACGGUAUAACCACUGACUUUGAUUGUUCCAAAUGUCAGGAAAGUUCCAGGCCAACAUUACCAUCUACUGCAGCUAACUCUGGUUAGUACACCAAAAUAUUAUUUUUGUAAGCCUGUUUAUAUAUCUCUGUGUUAUGUAUUAAUGUAAAAAUAUCUAUUUAUAAUUUUCCAGUCUUUGCAUUUCAACUUUUUAAAAGGUAUCAGUGUGCAGUCUUUCCAAGGCUUUAAUCAAUACACUUUCAACAUAAAAUUAUCUCUCUCUGAACCUUCUCAGAAAAUAGGGCCACGCAAGCAAAGUCAGCACUGGCUCUGUUCUGCUAAUCUACUAGCAAUAUUCUUUAUAACUUAUUUUGUAAAUAUGAGUGUAACAAAAAAGAGGAAAAAAAAACUUUUUUUAUUUACAACAUUGACUGAGAAGGAAGAAUGUAAUGCUGAAGUUCAUACAUAAGGCUUAUCGCUUUCUCCCUCUGCCAAUCUGCUUUGGCUUGGGAAACAGUAAGUGACUACUUAAUAUGUAUAAAAUGGUUGGUUAUCGUUGACUUCUUUCUGUAAAGAGCUACCGCAGGGAAAUAAAGCUCUGCAGAAGGCUCUCCUAUCAAACCCUGUUUAUUUUAUACUUCCCAGUGUCAUUUCAUGUGCUUGUACAUGUAUCAUUGCACUUUAAUAGCCAAUAUUUCAAUUUUCUACCGCUGAUGUAAAUUACUACUACUGAAUCCAGUAUCCUUAUUGUAUGUAUGAAACUUUGAAUAAAUUUAAACAUUACUUGUUGGUUGGUCUGAACGUAUAGAGAUGUGUGUGUGUGCACGCGCACACGCACUCAUGGGUGUAUUAUUUUGAUUUUGUUUUGUUUCUUAGCACAAACAGAAAAUUGAAUUGGUGCAGUAAAUCUAAUUGCACUCAUAAUGGGUGCAAAACAAGA